AUGAAACUCUCCGUGGUCGUUACGGUUCUCGCCGCCCUUGUCGCCGGCGUCCCAACCGACAACCCGCUCGACUCCAACAUCGCCGAGCUCCAAGACCGUCAGGCGCAUGUCACCCCUCCCGCUGUGGUUGGUGGCCUCAGUGCGACACUAUCUGUCGGUGUGAGACUUCGGGCAGGGCGGACUGCAAGGAUUGUUGCGGUUUUCAGUGCCAUUAAGUCUGCGAUGGCCGUGUGA